UCAAUUUGGCGGGUUGACUGGCCGGGUUGAACAUUUGAUUGAAGUACAAAUACGUGAAAAUAACUCCCAAAUCUUGUCAAAAUGACUUCUGCGAUGGCACACAAAGAACGUAUCCUCAUCAAGGGAGGAACUAUUGUCAAUGAUGACCAGAUGUUUAAAGCUGAUGUUUAUAUUGAAAAUGGAAUUAUCAAGGAAAUCAAGAGCUCGGUUGUUACCCCUGGAGGUACACAGAUUAUUGAUGCAACCAAGAAAUUGGUCAUACCAGGUGGUAUUGACACACAUACCCACAUGCAGUUACCAUUCAUGGGAACAGUUGCCGUUGAUGAUUUCUACAUUGGAACAAAAGCUGCAUUAGCUGGUGGUACAACUAUGAUCAUUGACUUUGUGAUUCCAGYCAAAGGUGAAUCUCUGCUGGAGGCUUACGACAGAUGGAGAGRAUGGGCUGAUGAAAAAGUUUGCUGUGACUAUGGAUUYCAUGUUGCUGUUACCUGGUGGAGCGAAGAUGUUGGAGAUGAAAUGGCUACACUUGUUAGAGAAAAAGGUAUAAACUCGUUCAAGACGUUUAUGGCAUACAAGGACGUCAUGAUGAUUACUGAUGCUGAGAUGAUUCAGUGCUACAAGAAAUGUAAAGAGAUUGGUGCAAUUGCACAAGUCCAUGCUGAGAAUGGAGACUUGAUUGCCGAGGGUUCAAAGAAGAUGAUAGAGUUAGGUAUCUCUGGUCCUGAAGGACAUGAAAUGUGUCGUCCAGAAGAAGUUGAAGGUGAAGCUACACAAAGAGCCAUUACAAUUGCAAAUCAGGUUUUGUGUCCAUUGUAUGUUGUCCAUGUUAUGAGUAAAAGUGCUGCUAAUGCCAUCACAAGUGCAAGGCAAAGAGGCUGUGUUGUGUUUGGUGAACCAAUUGCUGCAGGUCUGGGUACAGAUGGCACUGCAUAUUGGCACAAAUGCUGGAGACAUGCUGCAGGUCAUGUUCUUGGACCACCACUAAGACCUGACACUUCAACUCCUGAUUUCUUAAUGAAUCUAUUAGCAAAUGAUGACCUGCAGUGUACAGGAACAGAUAACUGUACUUUUAAUAGCGAACAAAAAGCUUUGGGACGACAUGACUUUAGAAAGAUUCCUAAUGGUGUCAAUGUUUCAUUACUAUUUCUUUCUCUUCUUGGCAAAAAAGAUAAAUACAUUUUACUGUUCUUAUAGACAAUCGAAAAGGCAAGACAAUAACUAUUUACGCAAUUUGCAUCUAAAUACGCAUUUAAUUUAUUGGUUUGAGAAUUUCCGCUAAAUCAAGCGUGAAUGUUUUUAGUGAACAGUUUAAAAAGGAUUGUGGGUAGCCGUCAAGUCGAGGCCAUUUUAGAGGUUACGUGUCCAUGUAAAGACAAGAUGGCAAAUAAAAAUAAUAGACUCUU